AUGGGCGCGCAUUCCACAGCCGUCGCCAUAAUAGAUAUGGAACUGGAUUUCGGCGAGGAUAUGGAUGAGCACGGAGUAUUGGGGAAAGUGAGUCAGCCUGAGUAUUUGGUAGCGAUGGUUCGGCGCCUGCAGGCGAACCAUGUGUGGAUCCGGGAGCAGUUGACUCACCUACAUCGCCGCCUGGUGACUCUUCGGUUGGACAGGCAAAGAAGCCUCUACGAGGGAAAGGAGCGGUUGCAGCGACUCCUGCUGAAUUUGCAGGUGAAAUACGGACGCCAGUGGGCACUGUAGGGGAAUCAAAGGAUAAUGGAGCUCGGAAUUCGGGUGCCAACACUUUAGGAUGAUGUGAAGAACGCUCUAAAGUACAGAGGAUCCUUAAUGACAAAGGAAUCAAAAUGAUGGCAUGAUGAUCUCAAAUUGUACGACGCGAAUGUUAUUAGGGUUUUAAAAGGUUACUGUAGCAAGAUUCAUUAUAAAACAAUAUUAAAUUUUAAAACUUUGGUUAAACGUAAGACCCUUCAACGAAAUUGACUGAAGAAUGGGCUUAUAAAGAUUUUAGCGUGUACAUAACUACCGUAA